GAACUAAUUGAAAUGUAUUUUAGUAUAGAGAUAGUUUGUGAUCCGAGAAGUGUUGUGAUUUUAAAUAACAUUUAAAUGCGUCGAGUUAUAAGCGUCAUCAUUCCAUGCAGAAUACAGAGACUAAGUUACAUAUAGACGAAUUGUCGGUGCUAUGGCACGAAGCGGAGCGUCAUGGCAUGCGGAUAAACAUCGCCGACUGGCAGCGGCUGCCGGCGUUGGAGCCCUAUGGAAUACACCGCGAGGGAAUGCUGCUGGACUUGACCUGCCCCGGCACACAACUCGUCUUGGACAAGGCAUCCGCAACCCGCGCCUUCAACCUUCGUCACUCCUGGCUGCUUCUGUUCGAUGCUCCGUUCAACGCAACGGUGAUGGAGGCCACACUGGGCAUGACGCUAAUGCUGGCAGACGCUGACGUGGCGUGGGCGGCCAGCAAUCAACUUCUGGAUGUUUACCGAAUCAAGCAUGACCAGCCUCUGAUUGCAACGCCUCUGGGUGAUGAUGCAGCUCGAGCGGUCCUUCCCGCCGCGCCAACCAGAAGGAGACACCUCAACAAUAUUUAUAUAAGCGGCUCUGUCAUUAUAUCGCUUCCCCAGUACUUUAAAGGCUGGAAUGACCUGACGACACGGCACAUCGAUAUCGUCCCGAAGGUCACGUAUCCGCUCAUGAUGCUUCUCGCAGAGGACUUGCAUUUCAGGUAUAACCUGAAGCAAGUGGAGUGGUACGGUGAGAAUCGCAACGGAUCAUUCGACGGCUUGGCGGGGCAGAUACAGAGGAACGAGAUCGAAGUCGGCAUCACCUCUCUGUUCAUGCGUGAUGAUCGUAUACAAGUUAUGCAUUUCUUUUCCGAGACUUUCGAGCUCAGGGGAGCGUUCAUAUUCCGGCAGCCGGCCAUGUCGUCAGUGUCCAACGUGUUCCUCCUGCCGUUCAGCCGCGGCGUUUGGCUGGCCACGGGGUUGGUGCUAGCACUGGCCGCAGUGCUGCUGGCGCUGAUCGCCCGCCGGCAGCAGCUGCGAGCUGUGGACGAGGCCAUGGAGCGGCUCUCGUUUGGAGAAUCGGUCAUUUUUAGCGUUGGCACUGUGUGCCAGCAAGGGUUUCACGUGGUUCCAGACCUGGUCUCCGCGCGCAUAGUGAUGCUCUGCUCGCUUAUGCUAGCCUUGUUCGCGUUUACGGCAUACUCCGCCAAGAUCGUGGCUAUUUUGCAGACACCCAGUGAUGCCAUACGCACCAUUGAGGACCUCACGCGCUCGCCCAUGACUCUUGGCGUCCAAGAGACCACGUACAAGAGGACUUACUUUGCUGAGAGCACUCAACCGGCAACACAGAAGCUUUACCGACAAAAACUGCUGCCGCUCGGUGACCGAGCAUAUCUUAGUGUUGUGGAUGGUGUAGCCCGCUUACGCACUGGUCUUUUCGCCUUCCAGGUAGAAGAGCCAUCCGGGUACAAUAUCAUCAGCAAAACGUUCACGGAGCGCGAGAAGUGCGGCCUCACGCAGAUUCAGGCCUUCAAGCUGCCUAUGGUGGCUGUGCCAAUGCGAAAACAUUCUGGAUACAAGGAGCUAUUCGCCAGCAGGAUGCGAUGGCAGCGCGAAACAGGGCUGCUGGACCGUACACGAAAGCUAUGGCUAGCGCUUAAACCACGAUGCGACGCUGCCUCGGGUGGCUUCGUCAGCGUCGGCAUCAUCGAUGUCUUACCUGCUCUACAUGUGCUGAUCGCGGGUAUGGCAGCUUCGCUGUUCUUCUUGGCUAUCGAGCGCAGUAUGGCGCGUUUUCACCGUUAUGUACCUACCUGCAAAUCAUUUGACGUGCCGUGCAGACAACAGUUACAGCGAACCGUAGAGGCGUAGACGUCGCUAAUAUUUCACUUACUGCUACGUUUCGUGCCUAGCUAUUUAUGCCAUUUCGACAUGCCAUUAUUAUAAUAAAAGGCAAUAUUCAAGGACGUUAUCUGCACAUAUGUAACUCAUACAGAACCCAAAACAAUCAUAAAUGGGAUACGACGAUGCAAUGGAAUAAACAAUCACCCGUUGGAGAUUUUUACACAGAAGGAAACAUACAUUGAAGUGUAAAAAAAUAUAAAAUAUCAUAUUUUAUAUUCAGCAGUGGGAAAUAUCUUAUUUUAUGAUUUAUUAUUUUUUUCAUA